AUGGCUGACGAGAUCAGCUCCGCGCCGCGCCAUCCCGACACAGGCCAGACCGAGCCCAACGACCCGUUCGGAAAACAGUUUGCCGAGAAACUAGAAAGUAGGGAAGACGAAUUCGACCUCCGCGAUGACAGUGUCGUUGAAAACAACACGUUUGCGUUCACGCCUACGCAACUCCACAAACUCGUCACCGCGCGCAGCUUAUCCGCACUUCGACGGUUCGGCGGCCUCUACGGUCUCGCGGCGGGACUGCGGACAGACCUUGCCGCCGGCCUUAGCGUCGACGAGACAAGCCUUGAUGGCACAAUCUCCUUCCAAGAGGCCGUGGCUGCCGGAGAGGCCGGCCGUUCCGCCGAGAUCGCGCCUCUCCCCCCUUCCUCGCACCAUCACGACCACGGCUUCAAGCUCAACUUGGACCUUGUCCAACACGAAAAGCAAGGCUUCGCCGACCGGAGACGUAUAUAUGGCGAGAACAGACUGCCCAAGCGAAAGCAAAAGUCCUUCUUGAGACUGGCGUGGAUCGCCUUCAACGAUAAGCUCAUGUUCCUCCUCACCAUCUCUGCCACGAUUUCGCUAGCCCUUGGUAUCUACGAGACGAUAGACGCGUCCGACGACGAGCCCAACAUCCAGUGGGUCGACGGCGUGACCGUCGUCGUCGCCAUCCUCGUCAUCGUCUUCGCCAGCGCCGCCACGGACUGGCAGAAGAACGCCAGGUUUGCGAAGCUCAUCGAGAGGAAGGAACAGCGCGACGUCAAGGUCAUCCGGUCGGGGAAGACGCAAAACAUCUCCGUGUACGACGUGCAGGUAGGGGACAUGAUGCAUAUCGAGACCGGCGACGUCGUCGCUGUAGACGGGGUCCUGGUCCAAGGGUCGGGUAUCCAAGUCGACGAGUCGUCUCUCUCCGGCGAGUCUGAGCUUGUACACAAGAGCGUGCCGAGCGAUAGUGAUAUGCGUAGCCAAAAGGUCCACAGGUCUUCCGCGACUGAUCCUUUCAUCCUCAGCGGCACCACCGUUUCCGGCGGCGUCGGCGCAUACCUGGUGACUUCCGUGGGCAGAAACUCAAUCUAUGGCAGGACCUUGAUGUCGCUGAGGGAGGAUGUUGAAGAGACUCCGCUCCAGCAGAAGCUGGGGAAGCUCGCCAAGCAGCUCAUCACCUUCGGUGCCAUUGCCGGUAUCAUCUUCUUCCUCAUCCUGUUUAUCCGUUUCCUGGUCGGACUACGGACGAUGCAAGCCACACCGUCUGAGAAGGCCGAGACCUUCUUCAAGUUGCUCAUCCUGGCCGUCACCGUCGUCGUCAUCACUGUGCCUGAAGGCCUAGCCCUUGCGGUAACUCUGGCCCUGGCCUUCGCAACAACGCGAAUGUUGAAGGACAAGAACCUCGUUCGCCUGAUCCGUUCCUGUGAGAUCAUGGGUAAUGCCACGUGCAUAUGCUCCGACAAGACGGGGACUUUGACGCAGAAUAACAUGACGGUAGUUACAGGUAGAAUCGGCCUGUCCGAGAGAUUCGGCGACGCGCCCGAGAAGGCCACGGUGACCGAUGACAUCAAGAAAGAGCUCGCCAGCGACGACGCCGUAGGUCAAAGCACCCCGAAGGUGUUACUGGAGUCGCUGAGCGGCGAGGUGAGGCACUUGAUGAAGAACAGCAUCGCCCUGAACUCGACAUCGUUCGAAAGCGACGACCCAAAGGAGCCCGGCUUUGUAGGAGCCAGCACCGAGACGGCGUUGCUCAGAUUCGGUCGCGAAUUUCUGUCCAUGGGUCUCCUGAACGAAGAAAGGGCCAACAACGAAAUUGUUGACAUGUUCCCCUUCGACGCCUCUCGCAAGUGGAUGGCCGUCAUGUCCAAGCUACCCAACGGUAGUUUCCGCCUCUUGGUCAAGGGCGCCGCCGAGGUUGUGUAUGAACAGUGUACGAACAUUCUCAACGAACCAAAGAUUGGGCUCUCGGUUCAACCCGCGACGGACGCCGUUCACGACGACGUCCGAUUGACGAUCCGCGAAUAUGCCAAGCAGAUGCUGCGACCGAUCGCCAUGGCAUACAAGGACAUUGACCCUCGCGACGCUUUCGAGAGGGCGGACGACCCGGACUCGAUCAAGUUUGAAAAACACUUCUGCGACUUGACAUUCAUCGGCGUGUUUGGCAUUCGCGACCCCCUCCGGCCCGAGGUCCUCGAUUCUGUGCGCCAAUGCCAGGACGCCGGCGUGUUCGUGCGGAUGGUGACGGGCGAUAACUUCCUGACUGCGAAGGCCAUCGCGUCCGAGUGCGGCAUCUACUCUCCCGGGGGAUUGGCGAUGGACGGGCCGACCUUUCGGAAACUUACACCUGCGCAGCUGGACCUCGUCGUCCCUCGGCUCCAGGUGUUGGCGAGAUCUAGCCCGGAGGACAAGCUUCUUCUCGUCUCGCACCUCAAGGGCAUGGGAGAGACCGUUGCCGUCACCGGCGACGGCACCAACGACGCGCUAGCCCUCAAAGCUGCCGAUGUGGGAUUCGCCAUGGGUAUCCAAGGCACAGAAGUUGCCAAAGAAGCUGCCUCCAUCAUCUUGCUUGAUGACAACUUUGCAUCCAUUGUAAAAGCUCUUGUAUGGGGUCGAACGGUCAAUACCGCUGUCAAGAAGUUUCUUCAGUUCCAAUUCACCAUCAACAUCACCGCCGGCACACUGACUGUCGUAUCGGAGUUGGCGGGCGAUUCUAUCUUCACAGUCGUGCAACUUCUCUGGAUAAAUCUCAUCAUGGACAUUUUCGCCUCGCUCGGCUUGGCAACCGACUACCCGUCGCCGGAUUUCCUCAAGAGGAGGCCCGAGCCGCGAAACGCGCCCAUCGUCAACAUCACAAUGUGGAAGAUGAUUCUCUGUCAAGCCAUCUACCAGCUCGCCGUCAUGUUCACCCUCCAUUACGCCGGUGACGGCCUGUUCAGGCCCGCCACGGACGCGGAUCGCGCGGCCCUGCAGACCAUGGUGUUCAACACAUACGUCUGGAUGCAGUUCUUCAACCAGCACAACUGCCGACGCGUCGACAACCGGCUCAACAUCUGGUACCAGGGCGUCCUGCGCAACCCGUGGUUCCUCGGCGUGCAGUGCACGACCGUGGCCGGACAGAUGGUCAUCAUCUGGAAGGGCGGCCAGGCGUUCGAUACCCGGCCUCUGAGCGGACCGCAAUGGGGAUGGUCGAUGCUUUUCGGCGUGCUGGUGAUCCCCCUCGGUGCUCUGAUCCGACAAGUGCCGGACACGUUCGUCUACGCUUUCUUCCAAGCUGUCAAGAAGGCGUUCGUUGCCACCCUGCAUCUGCUAUCUAAGCCCCUCCCGGCAAAAUGGCGGAGGAAGGCCGAGGAGGAAGUGGAAGACAUGGGCGCCGCAGAGAGCUGGGUCCUACAGACAGGCGCAACGCUGUUGACGCCGAUAAACUACCAAUGGGGCAGCUCAGCGCCGCCUCCCGGCUCCAAACUCGCCGGCAGGAUCUCCAGUAUCCCGGCGGCGCAGAGAGAGGCGCUGAUCCGCGCUGCCCGGGCCGGCACCGGGGACAACGAGAUCGACGUGCCCGCGAUGAUCGAGGCUGCGCGGUACGUCAAGGUGGAGCUGUCGUAUGGUAUCGAGGUCCAUCCCGACACUUCAAAGGAGGAUCCGAUCCUGCUUACUUCAAUCGGUGUUGAUGGGGAGAAAUGCCCGCCGAGCCAGGACCCGGAGAUUUUGCGUUAUUUACAACGGCCAUCAUAA